UUAAAAUAUCGUGGAAGCCAAAUCCUCUAUUGCCAAAAGGUGUACUUUGACUAAUAAAAUGCACCAAGUUAUUUUUCAACUGUAAUUGCCAGAGAAAGAUUUAUUACUGGAGUAUUUCAAUUACAUUGUUUGAUAUUUACGUGUGGCCAACAACAACAACAAAAGAAUCAAUCAUGAGACAGAUUCGAAUGACAGAAACAUAAAUUAAGAUUAAUCAAGGUGGAUAAUCCGGGUCAAAAUGUUCAUGGGAAUAUUUCUGUCACUCAAUAAUCAUGAGAAUCUUUUGGGGACAAAUAAAGAGUUGCUUUCUUCCCAACGUGGCCCCUUUUUCCAAAAUGUGCACGUGCACACGUGACUCCUUUCAUAUACCGUACUACAGCAUACGUAUAUCUAAAAAUCCCUCACUCUCCUCGCUCGCCCCCUCCCCCCUGCCCAAACUCAGCGAUGAAGCCUUCCCCACUUGCACGCGUCCACUUGCACCUGCCUGCGCUGAGAGGUACCGAAACCGAAUCCGGCCGACUGCAUUGACUGACGGGACCCUGCAGCAGCACGAGCGGACCACCUCCUCCAUGGAUGUAAAGGUGUCAAGUUCGGAAAAGUCUCAGCUGAUCCACGACAAGAACCAGAAGACCUACUGCGAGCGCGUGCGCAGCCCGUCGAUGAACCGACCGGUGAAGUCGGUCAAUCAAUCCUUCUGCACUUCCUUGCCGGACCCGAGCGAGCACUUCCCGUUCAAGACGGGCGGCGCGGACCUCAAGCGGCCCGCCGGUGCCCACUGCCACCGCCGUGCGGCGGCGGCGGGCGGCGAGGACCGCGGCGGCGAAGACGCCGUGCUAGCUAAGAAGAAACUCUACAUCGCGUCCGCCAUAUGCUUGGUCUUCAUGAUUGGGGAAAUCAUUGGAGGUUACCUGGCCCACAGCUUGGCCAUCAUGACGGAUGCGGCCCACCUGCUGACCGACCUGGCUGGCAUGCUGGUGAGCAUCUUCUCCUUGUGGAUCUCCUCCAGACCCCCCACCAAGAAGAUGACCUUCGGCUGGCACCGCUCAGAGAUCCUGGGGGCCUUUUUGUCCGUCGUGUCCAUCUGGAUGGUGACGGGCGUCCUGGUGUACCUGGCCAUCGAGAGGAUUGUCCGCGACGACUAUGAGAUCGAGGGUCACGUGAUGCUGCUCACCUCCGCCUUCGCCGUGCUCGUCAACAUCCUCAUGGCGUACAUCCUUCACCACUCCACCACUUUCCACGCCCACGGUCGCGGCUACCAGCAAAUCGAGGAGCACGCCCGGAGCCCGCAGGCCCCUCCCGGCCACGCCCUCCUGGGGGGCGCCCACGGCAGCACCAGCGUGCGGGCGGCGUUCAUCCACGUGGUGGGAGACCUGCUGCAGAGCGUCGGCGUCAUGGUGGCCGCCGUCGUCAUCUACUUCCGGCCUGAGUACAAAGUGGCCGAUCCGCUCUGCACUUUCCUGUUCUCCAUCUUUGUCCUGUGCACCACCGUCACCAUCCUCAGAGACGUCUUCACGAUACUCAUGGAAGGUUCCCCCAAAGGCAUCGAGUUCAAGUCAGUGAAGGAGGUUCUGCUGUCGGUGAAGGCGGUCCGCUCGGCCCACUCGCUGCACCUGUGGGCGCUCACGCUGGGACGGACGCUGGCCUCCGUGCAUCUGACCGUCGACGAGGGCGCUGACACGCAGUCGGUCCUGCAGGAGGCCACCGAGCUUCUUCGCGCCAAGUUUGGCUUCCACAGCGUCACCAUCCAGGUGGAACGCUACCACGACGACAUGCUCAACUGCGGACUUUGCCAGGAUCCCUGGGACUGAGUGACGCCCACCCCCAAAAAUUCUCCACAACUUGCAAGACGAUAAGCGUUUG